AUGGCAGAUAUGAUUAAAAGUGAAAAAGAUGAUAAUUUAUCAUUACCAAAAGCAACUGUAUCAAAACUUAUAAAAGAAGUACUACCUGAAGGUGUAAAGUGUUCUACAGAGACAAGAGAUUUGAUUUUAGAGUGUUGCGUUGAAACAAGAAAAACGAUUGCAGCAGAACAUGUUAUUAAAGCUUUAAAUGAAUUAGGAUUCAAUGAAUAUACACAGAAAGUAUCGGAAGUCUAUGACAAACAUAAAGAGGAAGCGAGUGCAAAACCGAGUAAAUCUAAAAAGUUUGAAGGAAACAAACCACCAGAACAACUACUCAGAGAACAACAACUUUUAUUCGCACAAGCAAAAUCAGCCUAUCAGAGUAAUAAUAAUGGUGGUGAACAACAACAGCCACCAACAGAAUAA